CGACGACGAUAAUCCACGAAGUUACCCGAUACAUCAAAACUGCCGGCUAUUCAACCAUUCAAGCAGUACCUCUAGACUCAGAAGGGGUUUAAUAGUGGAAUUAGCGAAAAAACCAGUGCCAAAGCACCAUUUUACACCGGAUAGCAUCGGUUUUGGCUCAUUUUUUGCAACGGAUACACACCUUGGUCAGGUGGAACAUAAUAGCCAUAGAACACAAGUAAUCAUUCCACACACACGAUGUCCAAUGACUUACAUUCCGCAUCCACCACACUCGAUGACAUUAUAAAUGAGCUCAAGCUCACGUAUGAUGUCUCAGUCGGGUUGCUUGAUGGUGAUUCUAUCAGAGACAUACCCAAUUUGAACACCUUAUCAAAUUUGAACAAGCUUUUGAAGAAUCUCAGUCGCGAAUUACAUGAAGUAGAGCAAGUGGAUGAAGUGGUUUUGAGCAAAAUAGAGAAAGUCCUCAAGGGAGAAGAUCCUGAUACUGAAACUUUAGAGGCAAAAAUUAAAACUGAGACCGAGGCAACUUUGGAUGAAAACAGGGAUGAAGCCAAGCGCGUUGCAAGCGAUUUGGAAAACGACGAUGAAACUAUUAAUGUCAAAAGAAGAAAACUCGGCUCAAAUCAGCAGCCAGAGGAUCAAGAAGAACCGGAUACUCUCAAAGAAGAAAAUAUAGAAGAAACAGAUGGAAACGAGGAGAGAGUUAACUCCAAAGAUGACCCCGUUCCUCCUGUCCAGUCAGGUUCUUAUACCCAAAAUAACGAUACAAGACUCAAAAAUCCAAAGUCCGAAUUCGUAACUUCGCAGACCUUGUCCACAAGAACGAUAGAACAGUUGGGAUUGUUUUCCGAGGAUAAUAAUGGCUUGGAAACCCACGGGAAGGAAUAUUUAAAAAAGAAGUAUGGUGUUUCAUCUUACCCAGAAAGUGAUUUGCAGAAUUUACUCCCUGGCCAGAUCCCAAAUAUUGACUUUUCUAAAGGUAAGCCGCCUGCAAACCAAGUCCAAUUUACAACAUAUCAAACUUAUAUUGAGCCAUACUUCAGAACUUUCACUAACGAAGAUUUGGAUUUUUUGAACGAGGAGGAUAUUCUUCCUCCUGGUUUCGAGAAGACUGACUACGAUGCAAAUGUGACACCAUUUAUAAUACCGAAGUUGGGGCCAUUAUAUUCAGAGGUAUGGAUAGAUGAAGAUGCUUCCUUGAGCACCAAGUUGAAUUCUCCAGCCUACCAACCUUUAUUAGGAGACUCGUAUAAGCCUAAAGGAUCGAUUGAACAAUUGAGUGAUGAGAUGCUUUAUACUGAAGAGAUAUCAUGCGGUCCUUUGUCAUCUAGAUUGAUCUCAGCUAUUUUGGGAAAUAAUGAAGCAAACGUGGACUAUGAUGAAGAGUCUGAAAAGGCUUCAGAUAACGAGAAUGAAAAGGCUUUGGAACCUACAAACGACGAAGAAGUUGCGACAAAGCUUAACAGUGGAGAAGACUACAGAUUGAAUACCGAAGUAAACGACUUUUACUCUGUGGAAGAGCGCUUGAAAAGAGAAUUAAAAUAUAUUGGUAUUUUCAUGAAUCUUCCAAAUUCAGAAGAGGAGGCUAAAUUGAAAUUGAAAGAAGGCCACUCUUCACAAUCUAGUAUUUCAGGAAAGGGCUCUAGUAUCAUUGAUGAUGAUGAUUGGAUUAGAAAUAAGGAAGAUGAUGAGGUAUGUGCAGAAAUAAGAGCACUCCAAAAACAACUCAGAGAAAGUUCUAGCAGAAAUAGAGUUAACAAGAAGAAAUUGAUACCUUCUGUGGAAGAGCAUAUUGCAUAUCAAGAAUACUCUACAAUUUUAGAUGAUUUGGACAAGCAGGUGGACCAAGCUUACAUCAAAAGACUCAAGGGUAAAAAUAAGAAGAAGAAGCAACCGGGUGCUACUCCAACCCCACAACAGCACGCUGUUAACAGUGGUUUAAGAGGUCUCUUAGAAAAAAGGAGAAGAUGGAUUGAUAAUAUUGGUAAGUUGUUCCCUGCUCCAGAAAUCAUGAAACGUGUACCAGACGAUCAAAAAUUGAUCAAGGAGGGUGAUGUGUUAGAGGAGCCUGCUGAAGAGGAAAAUGGUGACACGGAGGAUUUACUUUCACAGAAGUAAUUGUAUAAAUAUGUACAUGUAUAUACAGACGAAUA